AUGUUCCGUGCAGCCUUACAAAACGCGGACUUGUUUUGGCUGAUUGUGCUGUAUUUUGUUUUUCUGCCGGAGACUGGCUGUAGAUCAGCCGACGUGGACAGCUGUCAUGAGGUGAAGACAGCCUACAUGAUGCGCCAAAUAGGCCCCGUGGAGCUGGUGCCAGACAGGCCGGGAACAGACGAGUCUCUCCGAGUGUGUGUCCACCCGGGGCCCAGCUGCUGCACCAGUAAGAUGGAGGACAGCUACAUGGCGGCUGUUCGUAGUGAGACUCAGCAGAAGAUGCGAUCCUACAGCUUUGAACUUAAGUACCUGAUCGCUGGGCAUACCAAGGCCUACCAAGAGACCUUCGAGUCACUUGUAUCCUUCACAUCCAACCUGACCGGCACUCUGUUCGACAGCGCCUACUCUGCUCUGGCGUCCGACUGUCGCCCCCUUGUGUUUCAGCUGUUCAGCAGCAUCAAACGCCACCUUUCAGGAGAGUCCAAUUCCUCACUGGACAACACUGUGCGUCGGUUCUACAAUGACCUGUUCCCAUUGGUCUACCGCCGCCUGCUCAAUCCUGGGAUCGGCCACACGUCGCCCCAGUCCUAUUCCUCCCCCUCCACAAAUCACGACGACUGCCUGCGGAUGACGCGGCACGAUGUCAGCCCGUUCGGACCCCAUCCUCGCCUGCUGGUCAGCAGCUUGUCCCGUGCGCUCGGGCCGGGCCGAGCGCUCAGCCGACUGCUGAGAAUGGCCGGAGAGGUUGUGAAUGCGACCGAGAAGGCGACGUUAUCCAGAGAGUGUGGACGAGGCUUAGUGAGGAUGCAGUACUGUUCCCACUGCAGAGGGCUGACACUAAUACGGCCCUGUACCGGACUGUGUGUCAACAUCAUGAGAGGAUGUCUGAUGGGUGUAUCAGAGCUUGGCGCCCCCUGGGGAAGUCUAGUGGUGUUGCUCCAACGGAUAGCUGCUACUUUAGCAACCAGCAGCAACCACAACAGCAUGGAGUUAGCUCUGUUGGCAGUUCGAAAUCAUGUGAAUGAUGCUAUACUGCACGCUCAGCUGCAUGGACCACGCAUUACAGCCACAGUAGAGAAGGUCUGCGGAUCCCAGGCAGCUGGCCCCAUGAUGCCAAGUGCAAAUCUCACCACCUCGCAUGUAACAACCUCUGUGAGCCCUGCUACCUCAGUAACCUCAGACAGGUCACCUGUGAUGCCAACGCACUCAGCUCAUCAGGGUCUGCAGUCAUUCCUUCUUAAAGGUUCCAGAGGAGACAAGAGCCGCAGCCUGAAAAAACUGUCAAGGGAGUUUGAGGGCUCUAUCCAGCGGUACCAGUGGUUUUUCUCAGAGCUGCCAGAGAUGCUUUGUGAAACCGAGAUGCUGGUUGAGCAGCACACAUGCUGGAGUGGCCAGGACGUCAUAGAGAGUUAUGCAGGUCGUGUGGUUGGCAGCACUUUAAAAGCCCAGAGGGAGAACCCGGAGAUGACCGUCCGUAAUACAGAUCCCGUCCUGAAGGGGGUGAAACUGAGGCUGGAGCAGCUAACACAGGAGCUGUUAGUGGAGCUCGGCUGGGCGAGCAAAACCAGAGGAAAGGUGGAGGAAGAGGAGGGCGGGAGCGCACAGACAGAGAGAGGCAGCGGGGACAACUGUGAUGAUGAAGACGGCUGUGAAGCAUCUGGUGAUGAGACAAGUGAUACAUCCAGCGGACGUAGUCCAGCGACAAAGGAUAUGGCUCCUCCUCCUCCUCCUCGCCGCCCCGUCCCUCCUCAUCACCUCUCACCUCCACAGGUGGCUGUUCGAGGCUCAGCCCACACAUUGUCUGUUGAACCGCUAUCUUUGACCCUGGUGACCCCGCUGCUCCUACUGCUGUCACCAUGGGAACACCGCUGA